AAAACUCUCUUUUACAGAUAAAAUGAGCCAAAAAAGAGGUUUAACUCUUACUUUAAAACUUUAAAAAUUAUUAAAUCCCCAUGAGAAAUAUUCAAAACUAAUGCAAUACAGAAAUUGCAAAGUUAAGGCAUGACCAUUGGACAGCAAAAUGCUCACUGGGUCAGCGGGGUCAGAAAAAACAGGUGGAGAAGAAAAGAAAUGAGUUAAUGUGUUUUUCCAUCUACACCUUUAUUUGAAAAUGUUAUACAACGUCAAAAAAGACUCAGACAAUUGUAUAAUGUUCAAGAUUAGAAAUCCUGUGGGUUAUUAGAAAAGUUGUUAUUAGACAAAAAAAAAAAAAGUUUAUAAAUGAAUAAAUUUACUGUAUUUAACCUGAGUAGGUUAGUAUACAAUCAGCAAGUCAAAUAAUUUUAUCAUUAUUUUAUUCUUAAAAAAGAAAAAUUCCUAAAAAGAAAAUAAAUGUUCUUAAGACAAUAUUUGAGAUAUCUUUUUAUAAUUUCACUUAAACUUCUCAUUUAUAUUUAGAACGUUCUUAAAUUUGGUUUUGUUAAGAAGAUAAUCAUGAAUCUAGUUCCAAAAAAAAAAAAAAGGCAACAGUGUCAAGAACUGUAGGAGUUUUCUUGGAACUGAUCUACUGUUACAGCACAUCAGGUUAAUAAUUACGACCUGACACACCUCACACAAAUGUAAUAUUUGUGUGGGAAUAUUCAUCAGAAGAAUGUAGUUAAGUUGAAUGUGAGAGUUACAGAGAACAGUCAUUUGUAAUCUUUUAACAGUACUCACGUAAAGAUCUAUGUUCAUUUUAUGAUCAUAUUUAGCUUAUACACUGUGUAUAGAUAUUAAAUAGGAGUUUUAUUGAUGUUUAUCAUUUUGGAUCUGCUUUUUUAUUCUUUAAAUUAUUUUGUUUGUCUUUAGGGUCUCCUGGCCCAAUGUUUUUGGUUUGUUUGAGAGUUUCACUAGUAUUUAUAACAUUUUAUGGAAGAUAUCGUUAGUAAGUAACAUGCUUGUAUUGUCUGGAACUUUAUAAUCAUUACAAAAAUGACAAACAAAAAUAUAAGCAAAGCAUUAAAGAAAAGUGCAGGCCAUCCUAGUUAUAUGUAGUUCAGUAAGGUUGGUAAUUUUAAGGUGUAAUUUGUGUUUUAUUGCACUUUUGUCAAAUUAUACGCUGUCAGGCAAAGCUGCUUGCACCUUUACUGUUUGGCUUUCACAGAUCCUAUGCUGGGUUGUACAGUCAAAUUUAAAAACUGAAGUAUUGUACACUUAACUACUUAAACGUGGCAUGUAUACAUUUUUCACAGAUCGCUAAAUUGUAACAAAAAGUGCAACAUUGAUAAAUGUCAUUUGUUUUUUAAUUGUUUAAAAGUUCAGAUGGUUGUGGUUAUGGUAGUGGGAAAUAUUUUUGCUGUGAAAUUUAACAGAAUAAACAUGCAUAUGGUUAGGCAUGAUGUGUUGCUUUAGUUAUUUGCUGUAAGAUUUGUGCAUUUUUAGGAAAACUUCUAAAAGAGGCCCGCAUCAGUGGCUGCGAUACCUUAUCUCUUCAUCACAACAUCGCUUGUAGUUCCUGAAUAGUAAAGGUAAAAUAGAAAAAUCGUUUUUUCGGUUCCUCUUGUGCUGCACUAUAUUUGAACUUAUCUGGCCUGCAUGUCUGCACGAAUGUCUCAAAUUAACUUUGUUCUUGUUGCUUGUUUUGUGCACAUGUAGUAAUUUACAAUGUUAGAAAUUUAUUAAACAGGAUUAAACUGUCCAAGUCAUUUGAUGGAAUAAAGCUAAUCAUAAAUAGCAUACUCAAAAAAGAAAAAAAAAGAUCCUUCUGUUAAUAUACAGAUUUUAUUCAUAGUAAUUCUGAAGAAAAUCACAUAUCCCGCAUAUCCUCAUUGAAUAUAUGGAGUGAGAUCAUCUGUAUUUUAUCUUUCCUUCAGUUAGAUUGAUGUUAAAAAAAAUUGCAUUUCAGAAAUAUUAAGACAAACUGGUGGUUCAGUGAGAAAACAAUUAUACAGCAAAGAGGCAGUGCCUAAGAUUUCUAAAAAGAAAACCUGUGCUUUUUCAUAGUAAAAGAGGAAGUAAGGAAAAUAGAAAAAAGUGCAGUGUGAGGUUAAAUGCAAAUAAAAAUCUUCUGCAGAGUGAAGCCAGAGUAGAUUUGUCUAGAGUCUCUACAAUGGGUGUGCAUGACUCCAAUUCCUUGUGCUUCUGGUGGAGAUUUACACUGGUUUUAAGUAUCUGCAAUAUCGUUUUUACUAUUAUACAUAAACGCUGCUUAACCAUCGAGGAACAUCUGCUCAGAGAAAUGCCCAUGACUCCAAACUGCUACCAUUAUCCAGGAAGGGGUCUAUACGCAGACUGCAAUAUUAUAGACCUGCGCACUGAUCUGGCAGAGGUAGGCCUUGAAGUUAGAUCCCUUUGUAUUGUCGGUGAUAUUUUAAGCAUUCCUGCUGAUGCCUUUUCACACUUACCUUCUUUGGAGGUCCUUCAAAUAGAUGGGACAAGACUGGAGAGGGUUCAAUCUGGUGCCUUUUCAGGACUCCCCAAUCUGAAGCAUUUGUCGUUGCUUUUCAGUGAUGCAAUUUGUAGGUCUGUCACCAUGGAAGCUCUCGCAUUCGCUGGUUUGUCUAAUUUGGAGGAGUUGACACUGAGAGGUCUUAAGUUAAUCAAUGUAUCCAGCAGUAUAUUUGAUCCGUUGGUUAACGUAACCAGACUAGAGAUUAGCAGAACUUGUGCACAGGACCUUAGUGAUAUUUUCUGUUACCUUCCGGAUGGAAUGUCCCAUCUGAAGGACCUGAGUGUGAUAGACAGUGGGAUUUCAACAAUUCAGACCAAAGGAUGUCCAGGGGGAUCAAAGACAUGGCCUGUGACUGUCCUCUCUGGGAUUCAAAACCUUUAUCUAACAGGGAACAGUAUCAAAAUCAUUCGAGCUAACUCUCUAGUUGUGUUUCAGAACCUCUCCAGCCUUUUUUUGGAGUUCAAAGGCAAGUCGCUGGAUAGUAUUUGGGAGUCUGGGAUUGGAAAAGUCAAUGAGUUGAGUUUGACAGGAAAUGUAAUGAAAAAAUAUUCAACAAACUUCAAAGAUUUGUGUCAUCUGGUCACCCACCUUAAUCUUCAAUCCCUCAGCCUCAUUUUUACAUCAACAGACAGAUUGGCUGCGGAGGACUUAAAGGAGUGUGGGACAACUUUGACAAAGUUAUUCAUCAGCAUAUCAGAAGUAGGCCACCUGGACUUCAGUUUCUGGACAGGUCACAUUGGUUUUCAAGCACUGCAAAUGUCCUAUAUGAAGUUGACAGAUGUUCCAUUCUGUGUUGCUGUGAAUGGGACUGUCUGGUCCUUAACUUUGCUGGACCUCACCGGAAACUCAAUUUCAGAAGUUGGCAGAGACCAGUUUGCAUGUAUGCCUCUUCUCGAGCAGCUCUUUCUCAGCUAUAAUAGCAUAAAAACCCUACAGCGGUGUGCAUUUCGUGGUUUGCAUCGCCUCAAAAUUCUCAAAAUUGAUUCGAAUAAGAUCUCACAGCUUACUGCGAAGGAUUUCAGAUCCCUUAAGGCUUUGCAGGUCCUGCAUAUCCAUAAGAACAUCAUUGAGACUAUUGAGGACGGAACAUUUCAGGAUCAGCAGGAGCUUCGCGAGCUGACACUGGGUAGACUGGAGUAUAUUUACGAGUUGCAUCUAAAUAGGAUUUUUUACGGAUUUCCACCGAAAAUACAGCGACUAAGUAUUGAUGCACAUUAUGGAACUACUUUUUACCUGGGACAUACAUCACAGCCUGAGGGAACAUUUGUUUUGGAGCUAAAUGGAGACAGACUGGAUUUUGCUGACUGUAAUACUACGGUCUUUACAGCAGUUCGAGAGCUGAACGUGAUUUGCACCCUUUUCAUAUGCAAGACUGACUUCAUGGCACCUUAUUUCCCAAACCUGGAGUCUUUUGAGAUCUCAGGAGGAGCUGAACGAGCGCCUCUCAUUAACACUAAAAUCAGUACUCUGCACCGUCUCAAGCGUCUCAAGCUCAUCAACCUAAUCUUUUCUAACUCUACAGAUGCUGAAAGCAUCUUCUGGAACCUAACAAGACUCCAGAUUCUAGUGCUGGUAAACUGCCAUCUGAGUUUCCUGACCGAGAGUAUGUUUAAAGACCUGACGUCUCUCCAGCUGCUUCGUAUCUACAGCGACAGUCCUCUGGUCUUGAUUGAUGGCAUGUUCGAAGUUCUUCCAGCACUUACAGCAUUUGUUCUUGAUAAAGUGGAUUUCCAGUGCAGUUGUGAAAAUGGCUGGAUUCUAGACUGGGCGGAGAGCACGGAAAAAGUGCAGGUGAUCUACUUGCAGAUGCAGAAGUGUAUCUGGCACUAUCAGAAACUCAACUUCUUGGCGACCAUGGAGAAGCUGUGUCAUACUCACGAGCAGUACAUCUGCUAUUUAGCCACAGCUGGAAGUGUUUGUCUUCUGCUGUUGGCAGCCGCUGGUUAUCGCUUUGCUCGCUGGCCUUCUGUAGUCCUCUUCUUCCGCCUGAGAGGAUGGGUGGAGAGGAGGUUUGGUAGGCAGUGGCACAGGAGGAUGAGACGCAUCGAGGGGGCUGAUGGGGAGAUAGAGGAGAUGCGGUAUGAUGCCUUUGUGUCUUUCUGUAGCCGUGAUGAGGCCUGGGUCCUGGGGGAGAUGGCUCCUCGGCUGGAGGAACAAGGGAACCCGAGACUGAAGCUGUGUUUGCACCACAGAGACUUUGAGGUGGGUAAAGACAUCAUGGACAACAUCACUGAGAGUAUCCACAGCAGUCAGUGCACUGUUUGUUUGAUCAGUCGGCGGUAUCUGCGCAGUAACUGGUGCAGUCUGGAGAUGCGAGUGGCCACACACCGGCAGCUGGAAGAGCAGAAACACCGUCUCAUCCUCAUCUUCCUCGAACACAUCUCUCCUUUUGAGCUUUCUGCUUUUCAUCGUUUGGCCAGACUGGUGAGAUCACGUACCUAUCUGGACUGGCCCGAGGAUGAAGGCGACAGAGUGCAUUUCUGGGAUCGUCUAAGGAGGAACAUUGCUGAGGAAGACACGGAAGCUUCUUGAAACUACACCUGGUGCGGUCCUGCUUGAACACAAGGACAGCUGUUAAAGAGCAAUUAAACAAAUCUUAUUACUUAUUAUCUUAUUAU